AUGGGCCAACCCGGAGCCAUAGAUAUCCAGGAGCAGCCCUCCUCCGAGGACUUUCGCUCCGAGAAGCACGACAAGCCAGAACCCGCGUUCCUCAAGGCCACCAGGGACGGCAUCCCGCUGCAUCCACAGCCCAGCGAUGACCCGGAAGACCCGCUGAACUGGAGCCCGCUCCGCAAACAUGCCGCCCUUGUCGUGCUGGCCAUGGAGUCACUGAUCAUCAAGUUUUCCAAUACCGUCAUUGCCCCUGGUGCCCACACGCUCGCCGCCCAGUUCGGCACAGCUGCGUCUACGGCAUCGUACAUUGGGUCCGCCCCGUCUGUGCUCUACGCCUUCGCCCCGUUCUUGUGGAUCCCGCUCAGCCACCGCCUCGGUCGUCGCCCGGUCUUGUUGGCCAGCCACUUGGUCGCGCUGUUGGCCGCCAUUGGCGUCGGCCGUGCCCAGUCGUACUCGCAGGCGCUUGGCUGCCGCAUGCUGAUGGGCUUUGGCGGCAGCGCGGGUCUCUGCAUCAGUACUGCGGCCAUUUCUGACAUGUUCUUCUUGCACGAAAAAGGCACCCGUCUUGGGCUGAACGGCAUGCUCUUUGUGGUUGCGCCGUACAUUGGCGGUGUGGCGGGUGGUGCAAUCCAGCAGAACAAACACCUUGGCUGGCGCUGGGCCAUGUACAUUGCCGCCAUCUGCUACGCCGUGCAGCUGGUUCUGCAGUGCCUUCUCGUGCCGGAAACCAUCUACGACAAGGACGUCGCUGCUGCCGAGCCCCCCGAGGCUAAAGCGACUUUGUACCGCCGCCUUGGUUUCCGCACCCCAAAGCCUGCACCGGGCGAGACAUGGGCUGCCACGUUCCGCAUGCCGUUCUCCAUGUUCGCAUACCCCGCCGUCGUUCUGCCGUGCUUCUGGGCCUCUACUUGCAUCAUGACCGAGGUGGCCAACACGGCCGGCCUGAGUCUCAACUUUGGCUCUGGCACGCGCUUCGACUUUUCCGUCGCCCAGGUGGGCUACUGCUUCUUCGCCGGCCUGAUCGGCUCCUCCCUCGGCGAGGUCUGUGCCGGUCCGCUCUGUGACUUGACCGCCAAGCGCAGUCUGCGCAGCGGCGUCGCGUGGGUGCCCGAGAAGCUGCUCAAGCUGUUCCUGUCCGGCCUCUUCACCACGUUUGCAGGCCUGCUUGUCUACGGCUUCACCCUCGAAUACGUGCAGACGUCGCAGUGGGCAGUGCCCCUCGUCGGGCUGGGCCUCUUUGUGUUUGGCCAGGAGAUUGUCGUCACCGUGCUUCUUGCUUACAUGACCGAGUGCUACCGGGACCGUGCGGUCGAGUGCACCAUCGUCUUCCAGUUCUUCCUGAACCUCAUGUGCUUCCCGCCGCCCUUUUUCACGCCGCUCUGGAUCGCCAAGAAGGGCGGCGCCAAGGAAGCGCACGUUGAGGUUCUCGACGAUCUUGCCCAUGUCGUCGCCGUAACGCGGGUCCGAGCAGGCAUACAUGGCGCCCAGUUCUUGGCUUGUCUGCACGACGCGCUGGGCGCGUGGCCGCCGCACCGCAUCGUAGGCCGCAAACGCUGCCUCGAGAUCCUGCCAGCGAGCCACGCGACCGAGCACGUGCGAAAGGAUGAGGGCGUCUUCGAUGCUCAUGCCGGCGCCCGAGGCCUGGUGCGGCGUUGUGGCGUGGGCCGAGUCGCCGAGAAGGCACAGCAGGCCAUUGUAGUAUGUAGAUGUCUGGAUGUGAUGGUGGAGCGCCCACUGCACGGGCUCGGCACAUUCGAUGAGCUUGACGAGACGAUCGUCGACAUUGAGGAAAUCCAUGCGGAUCGUCUCCAGAGGAACACGGCGGGUCCACUGUGGGUGUGUCCACGGCCCAUCCACAAAGCGACACGCCACUAUGUUGCAUUCAGUGCCGGACGAGAUGGGAUACGUCAUGAUGUUGACACCCGGCCCGUUGAAGCACUUGGCAUCACCGGCAUACUCUGCGCCGAGCACGGUCUGAGCUGUGGCCAUGGGCACGAUCGAGCGGACACACCGACCUUCACUUGCAAACUGCUGCAUGUCCGUCACGCGCUUGUUGAACUGCACGGCAUUGUCCGGGAUUUUGCUGGUAAGGAUGUUCAACAGGUCGCGGCGAUGUGCGCUGGUCCGCUCGUAGCAUUCGGCGCCAAAAGGUCGAGGUGUCCAUCCGCGCGUCUCGCCGAGCCCAGGCUCCGCAUACAUGGCUUCCAUGGCCACGUGGAGCUUCUCUUCCGACAGGUUGCCCGAGGAAAUGGUGUCGUAGAGUGCCCGCAGCUCGGGGCUGAUGAGAUACAGGGCCCGGAGAGCGUUCGGGCCAAGACCGACGCCAGCGCCGAUGACGCUGUACUGUGCGGCGGACUCGUAUAUGGUAAAGGCCACGUUGUUGCGGAGACAGCCCACGGCCAGGGAUAG